CUUGAGAGAAUCACAUUCUAUUGACUGUUACCUACCGCGAGGCAUUGGCCAUGCUGUUCGGGCUUUCGUCAUGCGACCAAGCAAGAAUCAACUGAGAAGGGCAAGGAAGAAGGCUUUGAAACAUCAGGCUACUGACGCCACACCUGAUGAGAUACAAACGGACUCUCAGAUAGGGGAGACUUUAUCGACUGGUGUUCCACAGGGAAAAGGAGAGGAAGGACAUAUCACGGCAACCCCAGAUCUUGAGGAUCCGUUAUGGCAGACAUACAAGGAUAUCAUCAGUAGAUUCGAUGAGGUCGGGGAUAAUGCAACACAGACCAAGGAGCCCGAAAAACCGGAAGUCUAUUUUGACGAUGAUAAUGAAAUCCCAGACGAAGAUGAAAAGGAGCCCAAACUCUCAAAAAGAAAGCGCAAGGAAUUGAACAAGCUUUCUGUCGCUGAACUCAAGGCAAUGGUUCGGAGACCAGAAAUCGUCGAGUGGACAGAUACUUCGGCUCCUGACCCUCGGCUUCUUGUACACAUAAAAUCCCAGCGCAACGUUGUUCCGGUCCCUUCACACUGGUCGUUGAAACGAGAGUAUCUUUCCUCCAAAAGAGGAAUUGAGAAACCUCCUUUCGCGUUGCCUAAAUUUAUCCAGGAGACUGGGAUUUCGGAGAUGCGAGACGCCGCCUUAGAGAAGCAAGAACAAGCGACCCUCAAACAGAAGCAGCGAGAGAGGGUUCAACCUAAAAUGGGAAGAUUGGAUAUUGAUUAUCAGAAAUUAUACGAGGCAUUUUUCCGAUUCCAAACGAAGCCAGAAUUAACUCGCUAUGGUGAAGUUUACUAUGAAGGCAAAGAAUAUGAGACCAAUCUCAGACAUUUACGACCGGGUGAGCUCAGCGCUGAGCUGAAGGAAGCACUCAAUAUGCCACCGGGCGCUCCCCCUCCUUGGUUAAUUAACCAGCAGAGGUAUGGCCCACCCCCGUCAUACCCAGCCUUGAAGAUUCCAGGUCUUAAUGCCCCCCCUCCUGCUGGUGCCAUGUGGGGUUAUCAUCCUGGUGGCUAUGGCAAGCCACCAGUCGACGAACACAACCGCCCUCUUUAUGGUGGUGACAUCUUUGGUGUACUGCAACCUCAGCAGACAGUGCAGCAGGGCGAGCCUGUUGAGAAGGAUCUCUGGGGGGAGCUACAAGAACCUGAACCAUCCGAUGAAGAAAGUGAAGAUGAAGAAGACGAGGUAGAUGAAGAAGACAUGGAAACCGGCGUUCAGACCCCUGGCGGCAUCGAGACGCCAAGCGGGGUAGCAUCAGCUGUUCCUUCUGAGUUAACUGGCGAAGAGAAUGUUUCAGGUGAAUUUGACGUGCGCAAGCAUUAUCGAGGAACACAGACAGAAGAGUCUGUAGGCCAUAAGAGCGCUUUUCAAGUUAUCCCAGAGCGACAUACCAAUGUCCGGGGCUUCUUCGGUGGUGACAGGGUGUAUGAUCUCGCCGCGCCUCCAGAGAACUUGGCUGUGCUCGGUACUGAGGACCAAAAUCGGAAACGCAAGAAGCCUGGCGACAUUGAUGUAUCCGUGGAUCCAGAUGCCCUACAAUCAAGUGACGGGUUUAACAAGGAAGAUAUUCGAAAGCUUUACGAAUCGCAAAGGCAACAGGAAAACAACCCGAGCUGGGGAUUUCAGGAAGAUCUAAGUGAUAUGAUCGCCCAGGAGAGCCGGAAGAGGCUCAAAAAGGAAGAAGAAAAACGCAAUAGGCACUGAUGGCCGGUUUCCAGCUAUUUUUAUCGGACAUGAUUCGCAGAAUCUGUACCAACAAAGUCACUGUAUUCUUAACUCUCCUGAAAAUGUAGCUUUACGGAACCAGAUGAUUAUCGAAAAAUAUUUGCGUUCG